GUACCUCUUCAGGAGUAGCAGCGAAAAUUAUUCUUAAGAUAGUUAAUUAAAAUUUCUUUGUUCUAUAUUAUAGUGUAUUUACAAUUUUCGUUGUUGUUAAAUAUAUGUUGUUGUUUGAAACUUUCAGUGAAUGUUAUUUAAUUGUAAAUACACAUAGAAAUUUGCAUUCACUUUUGUCUGCAAAAUUGUAUGUGUAUGUAUGUAUUUUUAACGCAGGAGCCUAGUCUGAUAACCUUUUAAAAAUAUUUUAGGAAUUGUAGACCCAGAAAAAAAUUUGUAAUGUUAUAGUUGUUAAGACAGCACCCUACACACAUUUAAAAUAAGUAUACUUAUAUAGGAUGAAUAUUUUAUCUACCCAAAUACUGAUUUGGAAUAAUCAAUGCUCCCAAGCUAGUUGUUCCAACGAAAAACAAAACCUCUAAGUAUAUUCUAGUUAAAACAAUGUCUUUAUUAACAAUACUAUAAAGGAUAUAGUAUAUAAAAAAACGCUAUAGUCGAGUGCACCGACUAUGUGAUACUUACAGACUUAUAAUACAUUUCUUACUGCUAUAUGUACAUACAUAUAUAUAUAUAUACACCUGACAUCUUUUGUCUUCACACAUAUACAUGCAAACACUAAACGAAGAAAUUCCAGAGUCAAAGAAAGUUAUCAAUAAUAACAAUAAUUAUUAUUAAUAACAAUCUGAGAUGGGAAUUAUAACAUUAAUUAAUCUAGCGGCUAAAGCCAGCCAAAUAUUUCAUAUUUUACAUUUUAAGAAUCCACCUUAAUGUUAUUUAUACAUAUUUAUUGGGAAUUUUACCUAUAUUGAUCCAUAACUAUUUUGUCUCUUUUCUAAUUGUAAGUAUAUCAAAAAAAUAUUUUUUUCAGGUAACACAAUAACCAUUACACAUUACAGGAAUAUAUUUGACUAUUUAAUACUUUUGGUAAUGACAUCAAGCGAUUUUGUAUUUAUUAAACAAUAUAGCGUUUCCCAUCCUAUCACUUUCGACCGCUAUGUCCCAAUAUUAAGCCACUCCAAUUUCCUUUUAGGUUUAUCUUUAAAGUCCUUUCCGAUUUCAUGACCACUUGUCCGUCAGUCUGUCUGUUUAUACAUACGUCGAUCUGUCCGUCAGUCUGUUGCCAAUUUCUUCGUAUAUCUGCCUUUUAAUCUGUCCGUCUGUUAAUCUGUCCGCCGAUCUGUCCGAUAGUCUGUCCGUCAAACUGUCCGUAAGUCUGUCCGUCCGUCUGUCCAUCAGUCUGUCCGUCAAACUGUCCAUAAAUCUGUCCGUCGGUCUGUCCGUUUGUUUCGUCCGUCCGUAAGACCCUUUAUAAAGCUCUCGGUCACGUUUUGUGAAUUCAAAUUAAUACAAAUAUAAAACCUCCAGUACGAACAUUUAUAUAUUAAUUCCAGAUAAAUGUCUAUAAAUAUCUUUCUAUAACAAUUGACCUUGUCGUUACAGGAUAACUGCACCUGCAUAAUCGAAUUUUGCACCUUGAUUGUUUGUCUAUUUAACAACAAGUUAAAUAUACAUACACCAAGCAAAUUAACUUAGAUUGGAGCAAAGGAGCUCCAUCGGGUUAUAAUAAUGAUUAUUGCAUUUAAAUAGCUUACUUUUUAUUGAAGAAAUGUAGGCUUUAAACAAAUGGGGUUUGUAAAGUUAAUAACUUUGGUCAAGACUGAGUUCAACAUGCAUCGGAUACAUGAGGACGAAUAUUCUGAAGACGUAAAGGAAUCCGACUUUAAGGGCUCCAUUCAGAAGGAAAUAUCAGUCAAAUCGCGCCACCAUAUUUCCAUACCAGAUAUUUGCACAGAUGCCGUCAAGAGCAACUGUUUUCCGCAGACGGGCUUUUUGAAUAGCUCGAUCGCCUUUGCCUCACAUGUAGUAAAGUGCAGCUCUCCGGCCUCGAGCAUAGAUGAAUCUUCAUCGACGGCUCAGCACGAAUCCAAUCCCCACAUGCACAUACAGGGCCAACACAUGAUGGCUCCAGUGCCCGAUCUUGGCUUCUACAAUGUCCCAGAGUUCAUUUCGGAGCAGGAGAAGCUCAUGUUUUCCGAUGCCGAAAGGUUUUUAAGGUCAAAAGAUAAUGAAGUGUGUAGUAAUGAUUUUAGCUAUAUGCAUGACGAAUUCGCCAUGCGCAAGUAUUAUCAUCCUCUAUUUGCGCAUGGCAUUUGUCGCUGGCCCGGUUGCGAAAUGGAUCUGGAAGAUAUCACAUCAUUUGUCAAGCAUCUGAACACUGAGCACGGAUUGGAUGAUCGAUCAACCGCUCAGGCUCGAGUUCAAAUGCAAGUUGUUUCCCAGCUAGAAUCCCACCUUCAAAAAGAAAGAGAUCGCUUGCAGGCAAUGAUGCAUCACUUAUAUCUGUCCAAGCAACUUUUAUCACCCACCAAAAUUGAUCGAAAGGACGUACCCGGAAGAGAGGGAAAGUUUUGCAGAAGUCCCCUCACUAUAAAUAGCAUAGGUCGACCUAUCCGUCAAACGAACUCUCCGAGCUCCCUUAAUCUACCAAUGGUUAAUUCCACCAACCUAUGUUCAAUCAAAAAAAGAAGUCACGACAAAAAUUCAUUUUCCAUCAAUGGUGGAUUACCGUAUAUGCUUGAAAGAGCUGGGCUUGAUGUACAACAGGAAAUUCAUCGGAAUAGAGAAUUUUACAAAAAUGCUGAUGUACGACCUCCAUUCACUUAUGCUUCCCUCAUAAGACAGGUAAUUUCAAGUAAUGAUGUAUACUUUUUUGGGAAAUGUAAAACCGAAUGUGGAUUUCUGUGUGCCUACCUUAUAAGUCCUUUAUUAUAUAUUGAAAUAUAUUUGCAGUCCAUCAUCGACUCUCCAGACAAACAGCUAACUCUGAACGAAAUUUAUAAUUGGUUCCAGAAUACAUUUUGCUACUUUCGGCGCAACGCGGCCACGUGGAAGAACGCAGUUCGGCAUAACCUGUCUCUUCAUAAGUGCUUUAUGCGUGUUGAGAAUGUGAAAGGCGCAGUUUGGACUGUUGACGAAAUUGAGUUUUACAAAAGACGACCUCAGCGCACUGCUGGCAUUGGUAACAACCUAACAGGUGCUACCAAUUCGCCGGACACAAACUAUUUUGUAGCUAUGAACAUUGGGUAUGUGGGUCUUAAAUAGAUUAAUACUUACUUUGCUCCAACUUACUUCCACUUUGCUCUGUUAGUAAAUAUAUGCCAUUAAAUGCAUGCCUAUUAAGAUGACUUAUAUUACACGGUUACAAAUGAAUACUACGACAUAAUAAACAUUUUUUACAGCAGGUAUUGUGGAUCAUUGCCGUGAUUACAAUCCCUAAAUGGUGUCCGUCCGCUCAUCAGUUUUAAUGUCUGUCCGUGAAUAAUGGAGAUAGUGAAGGCUAGGAAAAUGAGUCAACAUGUUGCGGAAACACUCUACGAAAAUAUUUAAAGAAGCCAAAUAAACUAACAUUCUUUUCUCAACGAACUUUUUCUUCCUUUCCCGAUGAUGCGUUUUCCUGUUAUUGACUCUUGUUGGUGCUCUUGGUUUAUCCAAUAAAAAAUUAUAAUACAAUUAAUAACUUAU